AUGGCAGGAGACUCCUCUAACAUCAAGGAAGAGAUGGAACUAUCCAUGGCUGAAGAGCUGGGUGGUCCUGGAAGCCUUGGGCAAAACCAAGAGCACGUGGUGAUAUCAGAAAUAAUGGAGCGUGGAUCCCGGUCCCUGGGUACCUCCCAGAGGCGACAGAAGUUGGAACCAAAGGCUGCUGGUUCUCCUGCAAUUUCAUCAGUUUGGAAUGUGGUUUCCCCCCGACCCAAGAAGAGGUCCCAUCUGCAUUUACCCAGAAUGUUGAGAGAACAAGUCCUUGGUGAUUUCCAUCCCCAGGAGUAUCCUGGUGUCUUCCAAGGCAUGAGAUUCCAUUGUGACCGCAACCUGGAGGCAGAUAUGGCAGCAGAGUUUGGCCCAGAAGAGUUCAAUGGACUGGAGAUGGAAAUCAUUAAAAGACAGCUGGGUGUGAUCUUCGGGCGUCUGCGUGCCCUGGAGGACCAGAGCGCCACCCGGCGCCAGAGGGAGGCUCUGUUCUUCGCCAUUCUGGUGUCGGCCUGCAUCACCAACCUGUGGCUGUGGGUGCGCCAGUGA